UGAACGUCGUGGAGGCCCUGCAGGAGUUCUGGCAGAUGAAGCAGUCCCGUGGGGCCGACCUGAAGAACGGGGCCCUGGUGGUCUAUGAGAUGGUCCCUUCCAACAGCCCCCCCUACGUCUGCUACGUCACCCUGCCCGGGGGCAGCUGCUUUGGCAGUUUCCAGUUCUGUCCCACCAAGGCCGAGGCCCGGCGGAGCGCCGCCAAGAUCGCCCUCAUGAACUCGGUCUUCAACGAGCACCCCUCCAGGAGGAUCACGGAUGAGUUCAUCGAGAAGAGCGUCUCAGAAGCCUUGCCCUCCUUCAACGGCAAUCGAGAGGAAGCUGACAACCCCAACACCGGGAUCGGCGCCUUCCGCUUCAUGCUGGAGUCCAACAAGGGGAAAUCCAUGCUGGAAUUCCAGGAGCUGAUGACAGUCUUCCAGCUGCUGCACUGGAACGGGAGCCUCAAGGCCAUGAGGGAGAGGCAGUGCUCGAGGCAG